GAGGAGAGGAGUUUAAAGGGUCAAAGGUCAACAAGCGAAAGUCUGCAGCUGCUGGGUCUGGAUGACAGUUUGGAGGAAGGAGCCUCAGACCCCAUUGUUACCAGAGGUGCUUACCUGUCCCUGAUUCACCUGCGUCAUCUCAAACUGAGAGAGCUCCAGCGCGUCUCUCUCGGGAUGCUGAACUACCUGCGCUCCGUGGAGAGGACUCUGACCUUUGACCUGGCAGGUCUGCAGCUGGAGGAGGGAGAGCUGUGCAGCACAGCGGAGGAAACAGGCUGGAUGAACGCUGCCAGAGGAGGAGCAGGGGAGGCGGGAGGUCUCGGCUCGCUCCAGUUCAACCACAACACUCCUGUCGACUACAAGGUUCGUUGCUCAGAGUUUAUGGAUUUUGCUGAGGUGGAGAAUCUUCAUGAUUUCUACAGCUGUGAGGAGCGUGUGGUCCACACUCAGGACCAGAGAGGGUUCUACAUCAUGUAUGACGCCGCCCUGAAGGACCUGGACGAGCUGGAGAAUGAGCUUCUUCUCAUUGGCUCUCACUAUAUCAAGAGAUACAUGACGGAGAAAAUGAGAAAAGCUGAGGGAGCCUCAGCCUCCAACUGGACGGCUGACGUCCACUCCUGGGCCGGGACAGAUGUGGACCGAGUUGCAGUGCUGCUCGACUUGUGGACGUGUGAGACAGAGUUUUUAGAGAGUAAAGUGCAGCUCCUAAACUGUUACUGUGAAGCCUACCAGCACGCAGCAGGGACGGAGGAGAGGUUUGCUCUGGCCCGAGUCGUCACUGACAUCAUGCACAGUCGACCACAGCUGGACCUGAACCAGGAUCACUUUGUUCAGGCCUACAGGGCCGAGACAGACUGCCUGAGAAGUCACCAGCAGCUCAUCAAAAAAGUCCUGGAUUAUCAGAUUGAAAAUCAGCGGCAGUACCUCCAGCGCAUCUGGAGAGACGAUCGUAAAGGCUGCAUUCAUGACUUUGGUCUUCCACUGAACUACGUUCCCAAACACAUGGUGUCACUGGGAGGCAGCAGCCCUGCACUAAUGAACGUAUUCCUCCUGGAGGUUCACCCGUCCCUCUGCCUGGCCUCUGCGGUCUAUCAGGGUUUAGUUCAGGCCCACACAGAACUCUGUCAGCUGCACAGAGCCACCAGCGUCUCCGACAAGCUCCUCCUGCAGCAGAAGCUCCUGCAUCAGGCCCUGCAGAGCUGGAACAACCUGGGUUCACCUGGAGCCUCCUACAGUUCUCAGAUACAGAGGGAUUUGUUCUCAGGUGUGUUCUUCGAGGACCCAGGUCUGGUGCAGAACGUGGGGCUGUCAUUGGUGAAGUCUGCAGAGGAGAAGCACGUGAUGCAGGGAAGAGAGAAACAGUUGUAUGCAGUGGAAACUUUCUCCAAGCUGCUGGAGCUCGUCACCGUCCGACAUCGACUGCUGGAGUCGGCCUCAGAGACGGAACAUCUGGCACAGUUGUACAGAAACGUGGCCUCGGAGCUCGGCUUCAGUGAGUUCCACCUGCAUCUGAGGCCGGUGCAGUUUGAGGUCGCUGAACAAAAAGACCAAACAGAGCAGAGGCCUUUGUUUAUCACGGCGGUGCUGGAGGAUGACUCGUCUGUGGACAGGUUCCUCCCCUCCCACCUGCCUCUGAGCAUCCAGGAGCUGGACGAGGAGCAGGUCGGGAGGUUCAGCUUCAGCUCGGAGGAGGCGGUUAGUCGCCUCAUGAACACACAGAGCAUCGAGAACCUCCAGGUGACUUUGGCCUGUCAGGUGACCCAGAAGAACGCCCUGAUAAGUGCUGUGAAAGUGGCGUGUCUCUGCUAUUGGGCAGAGAGUGUGACAUCAUCAGCUGAGGGUGAAGAAUUCCUUCAUUCUGGUAAACUGCACAAGAAGUCAAACAUGAAAACUCAAACCACCACCAGGGAGAGGCUGGUGGAGGCCUUCGUGUCCAUACAGCUGGAAAAAGUGAGUCUGCGUGACGAGAUGCUGAACUCGUUUGUAAAGAAGAAACGAGCCGUGGGGGGUCUCAUACGAACCCUGGAGGAAGCAGCAAAGAUCAAACGGAGCCUCAUAAUCAAGUUUCUCAAGAAGUUCAGCACACGGAUAUCUCAGUAUUGUGUCAGAGCGCAGAUCGUUGAAUAUUACUACAGUUUAACUUCUCUAUUGGACGAUGUCCCCUCCGUCCGUCGGUCUCACUUCACGACGGAACAAACCAGCGUGCCCGAGGCCUGCGCUGCUGCCCUCCAUCACACCCUGCACAUAGUCUCAGCUCUUCAUGACAUCAUUUAUUACCUGGUGAGUUUCUCCAGACUCGGCAACACAGAAAACUCCUGGAGCCGGAGGAACGUACAAGAGGCUCCGCGUCUUGUGGCCGACUGGGGAGGAGCUGAAGGCAUCGGAGCAGAGCUGCAGGAGAUCCAGCGUCAGGUCGACCGUCUGUCUGACCCCAGCAGCCCCGAGUCAGUGGGUCGUCUGCUGCAGCUUCGCAGGCAGGUUCUCCUCCUGCAGUUUGACACGGCGGUCAGACACCUCAUCAGGGAGGCGUUCCUGUCAGCGGGUGACAUGGCUUCUUACCAGAGUGUGAGCGACAACAUGACGACUGCUCUUCCUCUGCUGAGUGACAGAAUCCAGGCCGACGUGUUCAGCAUCACGCUGCCUGUUCCUCGACCUCUAGAGACCCGAGGCUGUCGGGCUCAGAGUUUGUUCUCAUGGAGAAGUUUCACAGCCUGUCAUGGAUUGUUCCCUCUACAUGUUUGGGACAUACCACCCAUCGAGCACUGCAUGCAGCUGUGUCUCAGUGGCCUGAAGGACUGCAGCAGACUGCAGACCAAUGCAGCGAUCCUCGGCGUGUCUCUGCUCAUGGAGGACGUCCUGAACAGCGGAGGAGACGCAGAGCCCGUCCGUCUCCAUGGCAACAAAGAUGACCUUCUGCACGAUGGAAAACCUAAUGAAGAGGACAAAAGCUGCUCAGAAGUGGAAGAGAAGAAGACGUGUGUGUUGAACUCCACUUCUCCUCCUCCUCCUCCUCCUCCUCCUCAGGAUCCGCUCCGAGUGCAGCGUGUGCUGAAAGGUUUCCUCCUGCUGACCAAACAGCUUCAGGUCUUUAAGGAGAGCUGGGCUCGAAGACGUCUGGGUCCUGAGAUAUUCAGUUCACCCACUUCAUAUCAGCAGUUCAUCAACCUCUACAGAGCUGAAAUCUUUUACCCCAGUAUGAAAGCUCUGGCUCGACAAAUGGGUAAAGAGCGUGAUUAUGAGCUCCUCAUUUCUGGCAGCCGGUCUUUCCUGCCCCCUGCUGGAGCUUCAGAGAUUGACGUGAAAGCCUGGCAGCUUCACACACUGCUGGAGAUCACCGAGUGCGACAUGAUCAGGUCCGUGCAGAGGAGGGUCCACAGAGAGCUGACCCUGGUGCUUUCGGAGCGGACCCGUCAGGAUCCAUGUCUCCCUACAGAGCUGUGGAAAAAGGCCUCACUGAAACACAGUGUGUCUCCUGAGCGGCCGCAGAUCGUGGAGGCCUUCGUGGAGCAGCUGAUGGAAGGAGCCGAGCAGGUGGACGGACAGCUGGUGAUCUCUCAGGAUCAUCUCCGGCUGUGUUCCACUCACCUCGGCUCCUCUCUGAUGGAGCGAGAGCGUCGCAGCUUCCUGCUUUACUCACACUUCUAUGAGCAAAUUCUGCAGCAGCAGACUCAGCUGCUGUAUCAGAAAGAACAAGAUUUAAAGAAUCUUAACGACUCUCAGACAAGUAACGUUCACAAAGAGGUGUCAGUUUUGUGUCGCGGGAUGAUGUUGGAGAUCUCAGCUCUGCAGGCUCGAGUCGCUCACCUCCAAGAAGAGAAGCGUUCUCUGGAAGAACGACUCAGUCUGAGGUUUAAAGAGCGUUACGACCCUUUGGUCCGACAUCUCUUCUCCACCUGCCUCCAGCUGAAGCUUGGACUCGAUGAGCGUCAGUGGCAGGUGGAGCAGGACGUGAGUGUGAUGGUGAACACAAUCCGAGCAGAGGGAGUCGACAGAAUCAUGAAACUCAAAAAGAAACAUGGCUGCACCAAAGACAACGAUGGACUCUCCCUCACACAGUUAAAGAGGGAAGAAGUCCACGAGUUGAGUCUGGAGAACAGUCAGCUGACGGCUCUGCUCUGUAAACUGAAGGCUCUGAGUCGAUGGCGGCAGGUGGUCGACCAGGGGAAGCUUCACCGACGGCUGCUUCAGACUCAGCAGAGUGAAAUCACCAGUCGCACUGAGGCGCUCAGAGUGAAGAUGGUUGCAGAGGACCAGGUGAUUUUCCUGCAGGAGGAGCUGAACGCUGCCCGACAGAUGUUGACCAGCUGCCAGGCCGAGUGCAGCCGCACCAAGAGGCUGCUCGACAGGAAGACGGAGGAGCUGCAGGAGGCCCGGCAUCAGUCUGCACAGGAGGCUCGCAGCAGGCAGGAGCUGGAGAGUUACCGAGUGCAGAGGCUGGAGGAGAUGAGGGCUGAUGUGGAGGACAGAGACGGACAGCUCCGAGCGCUCAACCAGCAGCUGGACAGAGGAGGCAGGAUGAGCCAGAUACAGAGACAACGCAGCGCCAGAGAGAUCCGACAGGUGAAGGAGCAGCUUCAUCAGGAGCGCUCCCUCAAACAAGAAGCUUUUCAGCAGGUGGAGAAGCUGAAACAUCAGGUGAAUGACACGGACGCUGCUUCCUCCAGGUGCAACUCUACAGCAGGGCAAAGCAGAACGUGUUUCACGCUGUCGGUCAGCAGAUUGAGUUCUAGAAGUCCCUCAGCAGGUCUGCACAGGGUCAGUCGGCAGCAGUCGGACCUGCAAAGACACCAGAGAGUCGACGCAGCCAGGAGUCGUUCAAACACAAGACUGGUCCGAGCCAAAGCAGAUCCGUCUCGCCUGCAGGUCCUGACCGCAGACACGUUACUACCAGAGCUGUGAGACGCAGAACAUUCUCCCCUGGGGAAGUUUCAUGAAGCCAGGGAGUUGUUGAGCGAGUUUUUCCAGCUGCAGAACGCUGCUGAUCAUUUGUUUGUCUGAACAAAGUCCAAUUAACUCGAUUUCAAAAAGCCAAGAUGUAAACCUGAGAGGAUUUAUCUUGUUUUCAUCUCAUUAUCAUCUCAGCUUAUCUUAUCAUCUCUUAUUAUCCAUCGCAUGUCACUAUGACGUCUCUCGGACCUAUACUUUUGGCUGUAUCAUUUCUUGUGUGUGUAAGUUUUCUGUUUUCACCUCUCCAUUGGCUGUAAUGUGAAUUUUGAAAAAAAAAAAAGGUCAGAGAGAAGAACAACAGUCAAAACCCACUCCCACAAUCACAUUUUUUAACUCUAACCAAUAAAAAAUAUA